GCCAGCCCCCAUUUAUUAUCAUGUUUUCGAACUAGCAGCGUUGAUGACAGAACAGACCAGAGGAAAAGAAAAGAAAAUACUGUGGAUUAAUUGACUCGCACAGACAGUUUGGCAUGAUUUGAUUCCGUCAGUCCCCUCUGUCUUUCGUCUUUGGUACAGUCUCCCUCUCUGCAUGUUCAUUGCGUUGGUGUUUCUGCUGGGCGCCGGCGUCUCAAGGGAGAGUGGGGGUGCUCGGGUGGUCUGAAUAGCCGGGAAGAAGCCCUCUGUUUCGGUGGGAGGAUGAACCAUUGAACGGUGCAGCGCUGCUGGUUGGAAGCGGGCCAGGGUCGCUGUGUGUGGGAGAGAGCUCGUUCAGAAGGAGAUGGGAUGGUUUGGCUCCGUUAUCAACCCGGAUUAACGAAAAACGGGGAUAGGGUUGCAACGCUUCUCCUGUGUGAGUCGCACCGGUCACUCACUAUUGCAUGGAUGCUGAUGGCGUUCUAGGCCGGGGAACAAGAAUUUUACCAACUGGAUUUAUUGCAUCGUUUAUUGGGAUUAUUUCAGGCUCGACAAAUCUAAAAGUCCGUGUGGAAUUGUUUUUGAGCGAACCAGACAUUUUCCAAAGAUGACAGAGGGGAGGCGAUGUCAGGUCCAUCUUCUGGACGACAGGAAGCUUGAGCUCCUUGUACAGCCCAAGUUGAUGGCCAAGGACCUGUUAGAUCUGGUGGCCUCCCACUUCAACCUGAAGGAGAAGGAAUACUUUGGGAUCUCCUACACAGACGAAACAGGUCAUUUCAGCUGGCUGCAGUUGGACCGGAGGGUUCUAGAACACGAGUUCCCCAAGAAGUCUGGACCCAUCAUCCUAUACUUCUGUGUCAGGUUUUACAUAGAGAGUAUUUCCUACCUGAAGGACAAUGCUACUAUCGAACUCUUCUUCCUCAAUGCUAAGUCCUGCAUAUACAAGGAGCUCAUUGAGGUGGACAGUGAGGUGGUCUUUGAGCUGGCCUCCUAUAUCCUACAGGAGGCUAAAGGUGACUUCAUCAGUAAUGACGUGACAAGGUCAGACCUGAAGAAGCUUCCAGCUUUGCCGACUCAGGCCCUGAAGGAACACCCAUCUCUGGCCUACUGUGAGGACCGGGUGAUAGAACACUACAAGAAGCUCAAUGGACAGUCCAGAGGGCAGGCCAUAGUCAAUUAUAUGAGCAUCGUUGAGUCGCUACCUACAUAUGGGGUACAUUACUACACUGUUAAGGAUAAGCAGGGAAUUCCGUGGUGGCUGGGACUGAGUUAUAAAGGAAUCUUCCAGUAUGACUACCAAGACAAGGUCAAACCCAGGAAGGUUUUCCAAUGGCGUCAGCUGGAGAACCUCUACUUCAGAGAGAAGAAGUUCUCAGUGGAAGUUCACGACCCCAGGAGUAGGGCGUCGGUGACCAGAAGGACGUUUGGCCACAGUGGUAUAGCUGUCCACACCUGGUACGCCUGCCCUGCUCUCAUUAAGUCUAUCUGGGCCAUGGCCAUCAGCCAACACCAGUUCUACCUGGACCGCAAGCAGAGCAAGUCUAAGAUCCAUGCGGCUCGUAGUCUCAGUGAGAUAGCCAUCGACCUGACAGAGACUGGCACUCUGAAGACAUCUAAACUGGCCAACAUGGGCAGCAAGGGCAAGAUCAUCAGUGGCAGCUCUGGCAGUCUGCUCUCCUCAGGUUCCCAGGAGUCGGACAGUUCUCAGACAGCUAAGAAAGACAUGCUGGCAGCCCUGAGGGCCAGACAGGAGGCUCUGGAGGAGACUCUCAAACAAAGAUUAGAGGAACUCAAGAACAUCUGUAUCAGAGAGGCGGAGUUGACAGGGAAGCUGCCUAAGGAGUAUCCAUUGGAUCCAGGGGAGGAGCCUCCGACGGUCAGAAGGAAGAUUGGCACUGCCUUCAAACUGGACGAACACAAGAUCCAGCCGAAAGGAGAGGAGGAGGAGCUAGAGCGUCUAGAGAGGGAGUUUGCCAUCCAAUCCCAGAUCACGGAGGCUGCGAGGCGUCUGGCCAGCGAUCCGCACGUGAGCAGUAAGAAGCUGAAAAAACAGAGGAAGACGUCGUACCUCAACGCGCUGAAGAAACUCCAGGAGAUAGAAAACGCCAUCAACGAACACCGUGUCCGCUCUGGGAAGAAACCCACGCAACGCGCUUCGCUUAUCAUAGAGGGUGAGACUACACACAUGCUGAGAGAAUCGCUUAUAAGAACCACAUCGCGUAAUAAAGAGGAGGCCAACAUCGGCUCAGAGGACAGCUCUCUGUCUGACGCUCUGGUCCUAGACGACGAUGACCCCCAGAUGACAGGGACCCCCACCUUCUCUCCGGCAGUGUCUCCCCAUAAGGGCCUCCCUCCCCGGCCUCCCUCCCACAGCCGGCCCCCUCCCCCCCAGUCUCUAGAUGGCCUCAGCCACCUGCACUACUCCCGCUCCGAAUACGACAAGUCCCCCAUUAAACCCAAGAUGUGGAGCGAGUCCUCGCUGGACGAACCCUAUGAAAGGGUCAAGAAACGCUCUUCACACUCCAGUCACAGGCGGUUACCCGGCUCUGGUAGUUGUGCGGAGGCAGGAGGCAGUAACUCUCUGCAGAGUAGCCCCAUCAGGAGUGUUCCUCAUUGGAGCUCCCAGUCCAGCAUGCCCUCCACCCCCGACCUGAGGACCAGGACCCCUCACUACGUACACUCCACCAGGUCUGUGGACAUCAGUCCCACCCAUCUGCACAGUCUGGUUCAGCACUUUAGGAACCGCAGCUCCAGCCUGGAAUCUCAGGGCAAGCUGCUGGCCUCCGACCCCGACACACACACUCACACACACACCCUGGGAGCCCCGGGCAGCCCAGACAUCUUCCUGGCCCCGGGGACUCGCAGCUCCAAUGGCUCUGACCCGCUGGACGACUGUUCGUCCUGUACCUCCCAGAGCAGCUCAGAACACUACUACCCUGGGGUAGCGCCGGGCUCCAACCCAAACUACUCCACCCUAGGAGAGGACUCCCCUUCCAAAGCCAGGCAGAGACAGAGACAGAGGCACAGGUUAGUACAGCACAGGUCAGCAGGUCACCUUGGUUCCUCUAACUCUGGCUCCAUGCCCAACCUUGCAGCCAAGAACGGUUCAGGGUGCGGUGGUACGGGGAGGGCAGGGACUGGGUCAGGGCAGCACGGGGUGUACCUCCACAGCCAGAGCCAGCCCUCGUCCCAGUACCGGAUUAAAGAGUACCCCCUGUACGUAGAGGGCAGCCCCAACCCGGUGGUGGUGCGCAGCCUGGAGAGUGACCAGGAGGGCCACUACAGCGUCAAGGCCCAGUUCAAAACCUCCAGCUCCUACACAGCCGGGGGCCUCUACAAGGAGACCUGGGGGGGCGAGGAGGGGGGAGAGGGGAGCAGCAGACUCACCCCGUCCCGCUCCCAGAUCGUACGGACUCCCUCACUGGGGCGAGAGGGAGGAGGAGGGGGUAGGGCAGUGGUGUCGGAUGAGUUGAGGUGUUGGUACCAGCGCUCUACGGGCAGUGUAAAGGAGAGGAGUCACUCCGGCUCCAACACGUCGGACAGCGGCUCGCUGCCAGGCACGCUGGGACCCGGACGAGGGAGCAGGGUGGGGACGCUCGCCAAGGGAUCACCAGCGUCUCCUCACAGCCCGAGGAGUGGGACUCCCUCUAGUGAACAGGCCGCAACACCCACGCCCCCCUGCAGCCCACAACACAUCCUCAACUGGCAGAGCGGGUCAUUCAAUGAUAGUUGUUUUCUCAGCAGUCCUCUGUGUUCAGAGCUGGCAGAUGUCCAGUGGUACGGACACGACAAGGCCAAACCUGGAACCCUGGUCUGACCUACUGACCACCACCCAACACCUACUGACCCUUACUGACCCUCAACACUGACCCUUACUGCCUCCACCAACCUCUCCUCUAGCCCUGACUAGACUGGCCUCAUCAUGGACAGGAAACCCUCCUCCAUCCCUCCCUUUAUCCAUCUUUCCCUUUAUCAUUUUAUGUGCAUAUCAAGCUUGGUUGAGCUGGGGUUUAUAGGAAGGACAUGCCCAACUGGGCAGGACUAUUUCUGUGGAACAGCCAAACAGAGCCACUGAAUGAUCGUGAACUCUGACCUUUAAUCCCUGACCCUGCUUCAGUCUGAGCCCCAGGGAGACCAGGAGUGGGAAAGGGGGGAGGUGGGGGGGUGUAAGAGCACACACACAUACAAUCCCCUGCCCAGACUACACGACCCUCAGGCCCUGACUUAUAUCUACCCCUGACCCCAGUGUGUUGCCAGCCAAUCAGAGGAUACCUACAAGAUGAAAUGUGUUUUGGCUCAAAUUCUGGGCCUGUGUGUACGCUGGAUCUGCUAGGUUCAUUUCAUGUUCGAAGUCUGUUUAUUUCUCUGUAUCGUUUUGUACAAAAAAAUGAAAAUAUUGCUUGGGAGACGCAAUUACUUUUCCACCCUUUAGGAAAAUUGCAGAGCAGAUUUUUGGAGAAUUCUAGAUUAUCUGAAAGACAAAUGACAAACGUACAAACAUUCCCAACAAUUAUAAUCCCAAUCCCAACUAUCUAUCCCACAACCAAAGAUCCACCUGACUGACCAAUGGCACCAGUCCCAUGGACACACUGGGUACACUGGUUUAUCAUACUGGAAGUUACACCCCACAUACUGGGAGUUCUCAGAGGAACUGAAAGACUGGUCAAUUCUACUGGGAUCCUGCUGGGAGUUCUGAGCACAUCUAUUGGGAUGUCAGUCAUCCGAAUUGGGAGUGUACAACAGCCAGCCAGACUGAUCGACUAGUCUCUGGUACUGGGACGAUCCACACUGCUACUGAGCAGUAAGCUCCUGGACUUGGAUGUUUUCUCCACUAUGCUGGGGCACUGUGCUCAGCUCUACUGGGAGAUUAUGGGCAGACCGGGGGCCCUGCACAGCCAGACCUCAGACAGACAGGGACAGACUGGGGGCCCUGCACAGCCAGAUCAGAGACAGACAGGGACGGACUGGGGGCCCUGCACAGCCAGACCAGAGACAGACAGGGACGGACUGGGGGCCCUGCACAGCCAGACCAGAGACAGACAGGGACGGACUGGGGGCCCUGCACAGCCAGACCAGAGACAGACAGGGACGGACUGGGGGCCCUGCACAGCCAGACCAGAGACAGACAGGGACAGACUGGGGGCCACAGACACUUCUUCAGGGUUUGGGUCCUGGAGAGCCAGAAUAUGCUAGGAAUCUCUUGCUUAAAGCUAAUGUCUUGAGUUUGGGUGAAACUGUAGCUAUGUGUGUAGUAGUUUUGGGUUGAAUUGGAAUUAAGACCACAUGUACUUUUGUGGGUUUAUUUCCAAACAUAUCUGCAGGCUUUCGGUUGUCUAUUUCAUCUGGCUCCUCCCCUUCAUUUGACUUCCUGGUGAGAGGUGAAAGCUGAUUGGAUGUUUAGGGCUGUGUGGAGCUGUCAAUCACACAGUUGUGGCGAAGGGCACACCCUUCCCUCACAGUUGAGCUGUGCAUAUGAUGAGAUUGGUGAGAUAUUAAACACUUCUCCAUGCGUUGUGACAUCAUAUACCUGACUGUCUGUGCAGUCCUGUGUUUAAAACGGGAUGCAACCCAUGUUUAAGGACCAGUCUGUCUGUGUGACGUCAAUCUGUCCAACCCCAAGAUUGUUCAUUGUCUCAGACACCAGUGUAGUAUAUUUGGGGGUUAAUAUUUAGAUAAAGCAUGAGGCCUGUAAACUCUAGAGGGUCCUCAUUUGUACAGGUCAUUAUCUCAGGCUAUACUCUCUCUGCCUAACAUAUAUCAACCGGUCAGAACACACACACAUCUUGUAUGUGGACUCACACACACACACACACACACACACACACACACAUUCUUUUCUCAGCGGUGCCAUCUAUGUCUGUACUCACACCCAGCACUGAAAACCAGGGGCGCUACUUUCACUGGGGACGGGGGGGACACAUUCUGAAAUUGCAUUUUUGUCCCCCCCAGUUUUAUCAUUGGAAUGUGAUACAAAACUAGGCAACGGUGUGCUUUAGGACCAUGCGGACGCCUUCGAGCGGUCGGGUAGACUGUUUGGAAUGUUAAUAAUAAUAUGUCCCCCCCACUUCUUAAACCAAAGUCGCGCCCCUGCUGAAAACAGCCGCUCAUUAAAACUACAAACCAUAUAACUACAAAUCCCACAGGGCCCAGUUCCUAGUCUAGCAGAGGAAGUGUCUGCUGUAUAGAGAUCCUGCUUCCCAGAGCCAAAUGAACAGCAGGAAGAGGUCUAUACACCAAUCAGAGAGAUGUCAAGUUAAGUAUUCAAUCUUAAGUUUUGAUACCAGAGCACAACAUACACAGUUAAACACAAUAUAUGAAAACUAUGGGCUCCCGAGUGGCGCGGCGGUCUAAGACACUGCAUCUCAGUGCAAGAGGCGUCGCUACAGUCCCUGGUUAAAUUCCAGGCUGUAUCACAUCCGGCCAUGAUUGGGAGUCGCAUAGGGUGGUGCACAAUUGGCCGGGGUAGGCCGUCAUUGUAAAUAAGAAUUUGUUCUUUACUGACUUCCCUAGUAGUUUUAUAUAUAAACUAUAGGCCUAUAAUAUACAGAACCAGUUUUCAUCUAGUUCUCCUCCUGAAUUUUUGAUACAUAUAAGGGGAUUAAGAACAUCUGCAUAACAACACGUUCAUGAUGUAAGAGUAAAUCCAGACUUAAUAUAAAAAGUAACACACACACAUCUAGUAUAGAAAUAAUGUCACACCAGAACCAAACAGGGUGUUUAUAUUAUUGUGCUUCUAUUACUACACUGAACAAAAA